CACGCACAAGUUAAUUUCUAUAAACAUGAACACAUCAGUGUGUUUAACAUUUCAGAUAUCUGUACUGAAACCGCUGGGGAAAAUGUUUCACACAUUUUUGUUCUGUUUGUUCAUGUGGUCUCUGACUGGUGUGUUUGGUGAUGAAGUGAAGUCAAUUUCAGUAAUGGAGGGAGAUUCUGUUACUCUACACACUGAUAUUACAGAACUAGAUAUAGAUGAUCACAUAAUUUGGAGGUUUGGACCUCAAAGGACUAUCAUAGCUAACAUGAUGGUAGAGCUUAAUAAACACACAGGCUUUAUAGGUAAUACGAGACUUGUUGGGAGAUUCAAAGACAGACUGCAGUUAAAUGCUCAGACUGGAGAUCUCAUCAUCACAAACAUCACAACUCAACAAUCUGGACUUUAUCAAGUAAUGCACAUCAACAGCAAGCAGAUGUCAUCAUUCAGAUUCAAUGUUACUGUGUGUGGUGUGUCUGAUCAUAGAGAUGAAGUGAAGUCAGUGUCUGAUCAUAGAGAUGAAGUGAAGUCAGUGUCUGAUCAUAGAGAUGAAGUGAAGUCAGUGUUAGUGAUGGAGGGAGAUUCUCUUACUCUACACACUAAUACUAAACUACAGACAGAUGAUCUGAUACUGUGGAGGUUUGGAUUUCAAAAGACUCGUUUAGCUAAAAUUAAUAAAGAUGACAAUAAGAUCUCAAUAUAUGAUGAUGUUCUUGAUGGGAGAUUCAGAGACAGACUGCAGGUGAAUAAUCAGACUGGAGAUCUCACCAUCACAAACAUCACAACUCAACACACUGGACUUUAUCAAAUAAACGUCAGAGGCAAACAGAAGAUCUCAUACAGAUUUAAUGUUGCUGUCUGUGGUAAAAGUUCACACAGGAAAAUCCCCAGUGUUAAAUUAACUCUACCAGUGUUAAAUCAACACUAUUUGGUGUUUAUAUAA